CGACCAUCCCAUCGCUUACGUGCUUUGCAACAGACAGAAGCCUUCUUUUUUUAUUCUAUUCCUUGGAGAUCUUAAUAUCGGGGCACGUGUUUCAUGAGCGUGGCGGGAAAUGGUGCACCAGGCUUGGGUGCCGUAGAUGAUGCUCGUAAGCAGCGGCCUAUUGAAUCCAGUGUGAUGGAUGGUUCAUCGACCUCAAAGGUCACGGUCGAGUAUCAUGAUCCUUCAGGUGUAUUUCCGUUGGUCCAGGAACAACUCACAGCUCGCUUUCCACUCCGCAACCUCCAUUGGAAAUCACCAAAUCGCCCCUUAAGAUCUAUCGACUCGUUGCAUGUGGACCUUGUUCCUAGCAGCGACUCUGUACAUAUCUCUGGGGUGACUUCUCCUGGAUUGACGGUUCCAGAUGCUCAGGGAUCCAAUGCUACUACGAGUGCCGAAAUCUUUAGGGCGCCUCCAAAGGAAAGGCGACAUCAAAUCCCCGGACUCCGUCGAACGCCAUAUCUGAAGGUUUACCUGUUACGAUGUGAUGACUCUGAUUCGUACAAAUCAACAGCGCGGAAGCAAUUAAGGGAGUGGGUCAAGGCUCACACGCCUCCAUCGCAAAGCAGCUCUUCCAAGGAUCUGGAAAAUCACGAUGCAUUUGAAUGGAUGAUCAUCCACAUCGUAGUUCCCGACACUCCUGCAGCAAGUCAACCUCGCGGGUCAGCCUCGUCUAGUAGUACUGCAGGUGAGAAAGAGAAGUCGCGAUGGACCCGCGGUACGACAACCAUCCUCGAGAAGAUCCGGGCCGAUUUCAAUGUGUCUUCCAAGUCGGCGCCAGAUCGUGUAGCGCAGAUCAGACUGCAGAAGGAUGUGGUCCCGCCGCAUAUGCUUCCGCAGGCCUCUGCGGUCUCGACGCCUCCUAUCAGCGAAAGUCCCCAGGAACAAGAUAGAGCCUGGACUGAUGUCAUUGUGAAAUUCAAAACCCUGAUCCUACUCUCUUUUGACUUGAGAGUGAGUCAAUACGAAGAAGACAUCAGGGAAAAGGAUUCGCAGAGAGUGCUUCCGGGCUGGAACUUUUGCACAUUCUUCAUACUCAAAGAAGGUCUUGCGAGAGGCUUCGAGAGCGUGGGACUGGUCGAGGAUGCCCUGCUCGGCUACGAUGAGCUUUCAGUAGGCCUGGAUGCUAUUGUACGUGAACAGGCCAAGUCGGGUGAUGAGACGUAUGGUGGCGUUAUACCAAGCUACUCCGAGGACCUUUAUGCAAAGGCAGCGGAGAUUCUGAAGCGUUCACAGAGGGAUGAUGGGGGACGAAAGGAACCCCAAUCUCAUAUUCACGACUCGAAGCCUCUAGACGCAAACAAGAAGAAUUAUCGAGAUCUGAUUCUAGCAAACAACAUAUCUAUCUUCGACUUCCGUUGCUACAUAUUCGCCCGACAAGCAGCCCUGCUCUUACGUCUAGGAAAUGCCCAUUCUUCCCGAUCAGACCUGGCAGCUAAGGUGCAUCCUAGGCCUCCUAACGUCCGGCGCUCAACCGAUGAUGUCAAUAUGGGGACCAAAUCGGCUGCUCAGUCUGAUGUGUCUGAGGAUCUAUAUUCCUUAGCUGAAGUGUGCUCCCGCGCUCUCAACUUCAUCACCUUUGCAGGUCGGCUGUUGAGAGCCGAUCUUCACAACGGUGCCAAAACCCACGACACGAAGUUUCCCGAGCAGCUAGUUGAAAACAUCGUACGCUCAUGGACGUAUGCCUCCUUGCAGCAAAUCUUGGAGGACACUGCAACCUCUUCCCUGCCAAUUUCGAAAAUGAUAAUCGAGACCGGCACGGGCUCUUCGGACAAGAUGCAACCUUUUGGGGGUCACAACAAAGAGCAGAAAUUGAGUCUUGCUGAGCCAAAAACCAUGAUACACCCGGCUCGAAAAUCAUCGUUAAACAAUGGUCGCUCCGCGUCGACAGAGCCACCAUAUGCCGCAUCAACGUCUUCUGCCCAGGUGGUAUAUGCCGAUGGACAAUAUCAAGACCGUCCAGUUCCCGGCCAGGACCCGAAUGCCCAAGCGGUAAAGUCGGGACAGCAGGACUUGGCUGGCAACAGAGCUCAACUGUAUGUUGUUCAGAGGCGUAUCUUGGAGAACAUAGGGAAGGCAUUAGGGUGGACUAUAGGUUGGGCCGCAAUUCUCGAGGACGACCUAGAUUCGAAGGAACUCAGCGAUGUCGACCUGGACAAAGAGGAUUCUGAAUCCGACGAGGACGAUGAAGAAGAUACUGGUGCCGUUGCCAAAUCCAAAGCCCCUGAGGUCACAAGCCCGACCGUUGGUCUCGCUGCUGCUGCUAUUGUAAGCGCCGUAUCAUCUCUGGAGAACUUCCACCGCUACUAUGAAACGUUGAGCGAUUUGAUCGUCAAACACUACAUGGCUGCUGGUCAAGCCAAGGCGGGCGAAAGCAUAUUGGGCGAUCUUGCUGCCCUUCGAUUCAAACUCGGCGACUACGCAGCGGCGUCGAUGUACUUUGGCCGUAUGGCGUCUUCGUUCAGGGAGACAAGGUGGAACCUUGUGGAAAGUACGAUGCUUAAGAUGCACGCAGAAUGUCUUAAGAAGCUGAACCGUAAGGACGAGUACGUGAGGAAACUGCUUGACCUGUUGGCCAAGUCGGCAGCGAAUGCGAAAAGCCUACGCUCCUCAUUCAGGCGGACUAGCGCCGGUCCUGGGACGCAUUCUGCGAAUCACUGGCUGGACGAUGACAAGGUGAACACCACUGGCAUUCUUCGGGAACUCAUCGACUUCUCCGAACAGCUACCGUACGAUGUUACGGUCCCUAUGCUCGAUUACUUCAGCGACAUAUCUGUGGAACCUUACGUCAAGCACUUUGAAGACAAGGAUGGCUUCCAGCUUCGCGUUUCUUUCAGACAUCUUUUGGAAGAUCAAGUCACGGUCCAAAAGGUCAGGAUAAGAUUGGUGGGCGCCAGUACCGAGCAAGGAAAGGAGAUUUGGCUCGAAAGCGAUGGCCCCUUUGAGGUUAAGAAGGGGUUGUGCCAUUUGUGGCUCAGUUCCAACGUAAACACAACCGGUCCGUACUUAUUCGACAAAAUCGUACUGGAGGCCAAGCGGAUUAUCGUCACCCACGAGCCUCUCAAGCUGGACGAACAAAAGGAUUCUCUAGGCAUCAUUAUGUCGCCAUCUAUCAAAUCGCUCAAGGCUGCACGGAAGUCUCGAAUCCUAUGCUUUCCGCGGUCUGAGUCCUUCCAAGCUCGGCUGUACUUGUCACAUUUUAUACACAUUGAUCGACAGAAGUCCAUCGAAAUCGAGUGUUCUAGUGGAUGGAACGACAUUGAGAUGGCAGAGGUUAGACUCAGGUCGGCAUCUGCUGGCCUCAGGCUACGGACGGCUAAUGCCACUGUGAUAGCAGGCGAUGCAACGAUCGAGGAGCAAACAAAACCAGGGAUUAUCAAAAUUUCUGGUCUGGAGUCCAAUUCGAAGGCUGUUCUUCAGAUACCAUAUGACUUGGAGAUCGUGCUACCUGAGCUUUCAGUCAAGGUCGAGAUCGAGUAUAAGACUGAAAAGGGUCAAUUUCAAUACCAAUCGCCCUUCACCAUCCCUAUCGAUCUUCCGCUAGACGUUAACGUCCAUGACCACUUCAAGAGCGGUUCGCUUUACUCGAAGUUCAACAUCAAGACAGCAAACCAGGUUCCAUUGUUCAUCCAUGACGUCAAACUGGAGGGGUCUGAGGAGUACGAAGUACGUUCGCCGAGAAGGCCGGACGAAAUGGUCAAGGUCUUUCCGAGACAGCCAUUGGCGAUUACCUACAAAGUGACGAAGAAAGAAGUUCUAGCAUCUCAACGACGACAAAGCCGGCCGGGAAAUGCUGGAAGCCUUUCGCUGUCUGUGGUGUACCGCUGUUUGAACGAAGAUGUGCUUGAACGGGCUCGAGAACUCUUCGCCAAUGACGCAAACGCUGGUCAAGUGCGACAGAUUGCUCCUCUUCUCAUUGCAACGUUCGUGGAAAGACUACAGCACCGUGUACUUCCGCAGCAGUAUGAGAAAAUUGCUUUACUGGAUAAGGUUGACCUGGGAUCGUUUGAAGCACAGGAUUGGGCUGAAUGCAUUGAAACCGUGCCACCGCCACGACGCGAAGAUACUCUGAAGUGGCUGCAGGAUUGGCAUCAGACUAACAAGACUAUCCUGUUGCAUUCGCCAGCGGGAUCUGAUCCUCAGCCUGCCAAUGUUGCGCCUCAAUCACCCCGUCUUCCUCGACAAAUCAUAAUAUCUGUUGCCAUACCCCAAACGCAUAUUGUUCACACAGUAUCUCUUACCCCUGUAUCUGCAGAGCAACCUUCGCCCUAUGCAACAACAAUCGCAGAAGUAGGACAGCCAUUCUUGACGCACCUCAGGAUCAAGCACACCCGGAAAUGGGGCUCACCAGAGAGCCUCACCUCGCUCGCCAACCUCAAAAGUCCCACUGACCCCAUCGAGUUCGUCUACGCCAUCGAAGCCAAUCCUGAGAUCUGGCUGGUCGCGGGCCAGCGCAGGGCACACCUCACGGUAAGAGAGAACGAGGAAUUCAAAACACCAAUCAUGUUAGUUCCUCUCAAGGCGGGUCACACCAUGAUGCCGAAUAUAGAAAUCAGGGCCAGGAUACCGCCCAGGGCGGAUCCAAAGGAUGAACCGGAGGAGCAGCUGAACUGCGAGACGGAUUACUUGAGCUAUGGGGAGAGUGUGAUGAUUGUGCCGAAUGUGAGGAGUAGUACUGUGGGCAUUGGCGAUUUAAGCUCUCCGAAGAGCACUGUGUGGCUCGAGUCCGAAGCUAGAUGAUUGCAAUGUAUAGAAAGGAAUCCUGCACAAUCUUUGAUGUAGUGACUAUUUUGGCUGCGUUGUAAAUAGAAAUCAAUGAAUACGGAC